CGUCUGAGGGGGGACGUCACUUAGCUUACGCAGACGGGGCCCAUACCUGAGGCACCUUAGGUACUAACGGCUGCCUGUAUUCAAACCCCUCGAUUGUCGGCCGUGAAUAAACAGAUUGCCCAUGUCUUGUUGCUACGAAAGCUAAGAUAAGGCGCUCACGUUUGGUUACAACAGCACAAGCUUGUCAACGACUCAGCUGGUCACAACCAAAGCCAGCAGGACAUCAACAGACCCUCUCCCAGCCAUCGCGUGCCUGUUUUUGAAACUACCAAAAAAAAAAGCCUCGAAACGCGAUGGCGCCCAUCGUCCCCGUGCGCAUCCAGCUGCCUGCUGACCUCGACGUCAACAAGUGCCUCUUCCCAUCCCGAACACCGCAAGCAUGUCCUCGCUGCAACUCCACCAACGACACCACCGCCGCCGCCGCCGCCGCCGCCGCCGCCGCUGAUGACCCUGCGCAUGGGCCCCCCUUACAUAGGACCCGCCCACAGCGCGGCCAGGCCGCGGCCUCGGCCGCCUUGGUCUCCACACCAGCACGGCCAACCGGUGCCGCCUUCCCCGGCCAGCUGUCCGAGCUGGCGGAGGAGGGAGGCGGGGCAACCAAGGAGGAGCUGUUUGGCCGGGCGGUGGCCGCCGCCCGGCUGCGGGAGCUGGUCCAUCGGGACAGGAGGUGGCCCAGGCUGUGCGCCGUGCUCGUGCUCGUCGGGGCGUGCUUGGGCGGGUGGUGGGUGGUUUGUGGUCGACAGCUGCACUGAUGCUAAUUAAUCAGUGCAGGUGGGCUAAUUAGCAUGGCAAUAAUUAAUUAAGUGACGUGGUUUGCUGGACGGAAGA